AUGACAAUCCAACACACUCAACUUGCCUCAUCCACAAGGCUGGCCUGGCCACAGCUGAUCACCCUGUCCCACGGUGUCACCCGUAUCCUUGGAUUGGGGAACGAGUCGGUGUUCUACCCUCAAGGCGGGAGAUUUUACCCACACCAUGACCAUGGCGGGCCGUGUACUCUACGCCUCUUCACUUCUUGCUUUUUAUCCUUGGUGGGUUUCGUCAGUGUUGACAAGAAGUGGCGCCGAAUUGUCUUUCUUAAAUCAAGUACGAUCCGCCGCAGACACAACCAGACUGUGAACGUGUCAUGGACAUGUCUAAGUUGUCUCGUCAAAGGUCGAACUGUAUUGGAGAGGACUAGUCUUCUAAUCUUUACCAGUCGUACCUCUAUCAAAGCACUAUCCACUUGUAACUUCAAGCUGUUCUAUUAG